UUGUGAUUGAUUUGAAGCCCUACCUGAUGAGAUCCAUCGAUCAUCGUCUAAUGGAGGAAUCGUCUUCCUCUUCUUCCCACUAUUACUCAAUUUUCACGAACUACCCUCUGCUUUCCUCCGUCUUAGCUUUCACCAUCGCACAAUUCAUCAAGUUCUUCACAACCUGGUAUAAAGAAAAGAGAUGGGAUCUGAAACGGCUUGUUGGGUCUGGAGGAAUGCCUUCUUCACAUUCAGCAACUGUUACGGCUCUUGCUAUGGCCGUUGGUUUACAAGAAGGCUUUGGUGGAUCUCUUUUCGCCAUCGCUUUCAUUCUCACUUCCAUUGUUAUGUAUGAUGCAACUGGUGUAAGAUUACAUGCUGGACGCCAAGCUGAGGUUCUCAAUCAGAUUGUGUAUGAACUUCCUUCAGAGCAUCCCCUCGCUGAAAGCAGACCCUUGCGUGAACUUCUAGGUCAUACCCCUCCACAGGUCAUUGCAGGUGGGAUCCUUGGAACUGCUACAGCAGUUGUUGCCUACUUAGUCACCUUGACAGCCAAGUAGCCUAAGGUGCAGCAAGAGCUCACCUCUUCUGCUCCAUCGUGUGUGAAAGCCACUUGUAUGUAACUGAAACAGCAGAUGGACUCUUGAAACUAGGUUCAUUGACCCCAGUUUCUUUUUCGCUGCUUAGCUCUUAUCACUGAUAACAUAGUAUAGGUUUGGGUCUUGUAAAGAAAACAUGAAAAAGUCAUUACACGGAUCUAUGAUGUGGUAACAGAGGAGCUUAUGCAUUGAACUAACAAACGAGUAUGAAUUGAUA